CGGUGAGCCUGCACAACCCAGAGAGACUCGCAGACAGAGAGGAAGCUCGGCAACUCCUGCAUCUCCAUCUCGAAUCCUCAACCUCUCAUAACUCCCUCACUUCCUCAACCCUCCUGAUUCACCUCACACAAUAGACUUCCUCUUCAAGCACCAGCCUGAAGGGAAAAGGGGUGGGAGAUACGGUUUCUCUACAACAAUGGAAAUUCAAUCAGGAAAUGGAGAGGAGGUGGCGAGUGCAGUGUCGGCGACCUCGGGCUCCGUUUCCCGUAGUCCCUCUUGGCCGCAGGUGGAGGCAUCAGACAAUCCAGUGCUCAGAGAGGACCUGCAGGCUGCUAAGAGGAUUGAGAGGUUUGACAUUCCACUUGAUAACCUGAAGAGGAUGUUUGAAAAGUCAGCUGUGGGAAACACAGAAGUGACCAGUGUCCACACCUCCUCGUCCAAAAGAGUGUCGUCCGGUAGUCUCCCACAGGUUGACCUAUCAACAGAUCACACCAUGGCCUCACCUAAGGACACCGCUCUCUCUGCAAGUAGCGCAGGUAGAUCCACGUCAGGACGUCCCGAGGACAGGGCCCCCAGCGCCGAAGAGCAGGAGGACGAGCCGGUGUCCGUGAAAGAGCGGCUGGCGAUGUAUCAGGCUGCCGUGUCCAAGAAAGAAAUCAGCAGUUCCUCCUCUGCCGCGGUGAUGGAUGAGUCCGAGGCUUGUUCGCUGCCAGGCGGCCUGGCCAGUGUGAAGAAACAGUUUGAGAGCCAGGAGUUCGCCUCUUCGUCCUCUCAGUCCAGCGUCGCACAGUUUCACUACGAGCAGAGAUCUGUGCAGGAGAUGUCAAGCUCCUCCGAGGUGACAGUGAGGAGCAGUGCCAGAGAGGUCGUUCCCGUCACAACCCUCCUUCACAAUCAACAAGAGGUGAUCCAUGAUGAAACAGUCCAACAGAACAAUGUGGCCGCCAGUUACGGGAACCAUUACAAUGAAACAGUUAUGCUCGUUGGAGGCGAGGACCUACCAAAGGUUUCCACUCAGGCUUUGAAGCAGCAGUAUGAGAAAACGAUUGAGGGAGCUGCACCAGCCAAGGAAAUUAAGGUUGAUUUGGACUUCAACCAGUUUCAAUGGGCACCAGUAAAUCAGUCCUCCAAAUCUUCAACGAGGACAAGCUAUGACACUUCUUCCACCUUAAAGACUGCCUCUGCCUCAUCAGUAGCGUCUACCUCAUCAGCGGCUUAUGAGAUGCCAGAUCAUUUCCCUCCCCCGCCCUCCAACCUGUUACAGGAAAUCCCUGAGUACAUCUCUUCUCAGCCUCAGGAGCCAGCCCCCCGACAUAAGCACAUUGUUUCUAAGGAGCAGUACUUUAAACACAAGAGCACGGCUGAACUGAAGCGCAUCUACAAGCACAUUAAUCCAGAAGUCCGCAAGAACCUUGAGGAAGAAUUCUUGAGUGAGCUCAGUGAAGCAGAAAAGAAGGACCUGGAAAGCGAGGAAAUGGUGGGAGACGUCCAGCAGGCGUGCUAUAUGUUUGAAAAUGACGGCAACGGCUCAAGUAAUUGUUCAAGCCCUGACCGAGAGUCCGUGGAGUGGGAUGAGAUCCUUAAAGGCGAAGUGCAGUCAAUGCGCUGGAUGUUUGAAAACAAUGCACUAGAUACGAUCAAAGAUGACACCCCAGAUGUAGACGAGGUGAGGAAUAUUGCCCAGCAGGAAAUCAUUGCUGGCAAAGAUGUCAGACGCACAGCUUGGAUGUUUGAGACUCAGCCCAUGGAUGUUCUGGGGACAGAGGAUACUGAUUCAACCGAGCAGUUGCAAAAAUCAACUGAUCUUGCGAGAGGAGAUGUCCGCACUGCUACGUGGCUUUUUGAGACACAGCCACUAGAUUAUCUGAAUAAGAUCUACCAAGAAGACGAGCAGGAGACAGAUGUUGUCGUCACCAAUAACAUCACCGGCGGAGAUGUGAAAACCGCUAGAUAUCUCUUUGAGACCCAGCAUCUGGAUUCCCUGGGUAAAACAGAAACCAUUGAGGAGAGCCACUUCCUGAACCUGAAGUCUGAGCUGGAAGAGAUCAAAGGGGAUGUGAAGACAACCACUCGCAUGUUUGAGACCCAGCCCAUGUGUGUCAUUAGGGGGGAUUCAGGAGAGAUGUUGGAGAUCACCACUAUCCGCAGGGAAGAGACUGCUAAAGGAGAUGUCAAGACCUCACGCUGGAUGUUUGAAACCCAGCCUCUGGAUAUUAUUAACAAAGACCCUGCGAUGGUGAAGCUAAUAUGUGGCAUUUCCAUGGAGGAUAACAUCCAAGGCGGUGUGAACAAAGGUAGAUGGCUUUUUGAGACAAAGACCCUUGACACCAUUAAGGAUGAGGAAUGGGAGAGUUCCAGGAAGCAAAAGGAAGACAUAAUUGGUACUGAUGUGAGGAAGCACUGUCUGGUUUUUGAGACUCAGUCUAUGGAUACUCUGAAAGACAAUGCCAAUGCUAGACCUUUAGCUUCAGAAGAGAUUGUAGGAGGAGACGUUAAAACAGCCAAACAUCUGUUUGAAACGGUACCCAUGGAAAAUCUGAAAGAACUGCUCGAAGUGGGCAAACUUCAGAAAAUGGUUGCAUCCGAAGAAGAAAAGGGUGACGUGAGACAUCAAAAGUGGGUCUUUGAGAGCCAGCCUCUGGGGAAUAUAAGAGAGGAGAAGAGGGAGAUCACAAGAACUGUGAACGUUGAAGCUCUUGAAAUAGGUGAUGUGACAAACUAUAAAGAAAGGUUUGAAAGUAUGGAUUUAAGUAAAUGUGAAGGAGCACAGAAAAUUCAAGUUGAAGGUGUCACAAGUGGAUCCGUCAAAUCAAACAGAGUUCUUUUUGAAUCUACCCCUAUGUAUGCUAUGCAAGACAGCUCUGGCCAUUACCACGAGGUAAAGACCGUGAGGCGCGAGGAGAUUGUGAAGGGAGACGUGCGCAGCUGCAGAUGGAUGUUUGAAACGCGUCCUAUUGAUGAGUUUGAUGAAAGCAUCAAUAAGUUUCAGAUCAUAAAAGGUAUAUCCAAGCAGGAGGUCGAGUCAGGGGAUGUCAAAACAGCCAAGUGGUUGUUUGAAACUCAACCACUUGAUGCCAUUAAAUGUUCCAGUCAUUUUGAGGAUGAAGAACAAAAAACGAAGGAAUGUAUUGAAAUUGAGAAAGGGGACGUUAAGACUUGCAGGUGGCUAUUUGAGACUCAACCGAUGGAUGUUCUGUAUGAAAAGGUGGAAAAGAGCGAGGUCGACGUCGAAGAAGUGCAAAAAGGAGACGUCAAAACUUGCACAUGGCUCUUUGAGACACAGACACUUGACAAUAUACGCGAUCACACAGAGUCUGAGACCAUUCUGAAAACCUGCACUGUAAAACAAGAGGAUGUACAAGGAAAAGAUGUGCGACUGGCCCGCUUCCUCUUUGAAACCGAGAACCUGGAAAAUAUCAUCGAUGAGGACAGCAGCUCUUUCAGGAGGGUUACACAAAUCGACAUCGACUCAGGUGAUGUUUCCAGGAUGAAGUACAUCUUUGAGAAUCGCUCCUCUGACAUUAUGAGCUCCACCUCUGAGGAAACAAUGCAGAGGUUGAAGACGCAACAGGCCGAGGACAUCCAGCGGGGAAACGUGGUCAACUGUACUUAUAUGUUUGAGCAUCAGCCGAUCGAUGCCAUUCGUGACGAUUCCACAGAGGCGAAGGAAGGUCGCAUUGUGAUUGACGUCCAGGGGGGUGAUGUUGACAAAGGUCGCUUCAUUUUUGAGACAUACUCUCUGGAUCAAAUCAAAGAGGAGUCCACUGAGACUGAUAUUUCUAAACUCACUAGUAUCUUUAGAGAUGAAGUAGAGAGGGGGGAUGUGAAAAAUUACACCAUGAUGUUUGAAACUCAGCCGCUGUAUGCCAUCUGUGACAAAGAGGGUCAUUAUCAUGAAGUAACUACAGUUACCAAGGAAGAAAUCAUUAAAGGAGAUGUGGUGGGAGCUCGAUGGCAGUUUGAGACAAAGCCUCUGGACUCAAUUAGAGAUUCAGAGCAGGUCUAUGUUAUUAAAGCUGUGACUGAGGAAGGCAUCAACAAAGGAGACGUCAACUCUGCCAGGUGGAGGUUUGAAACGCAACCUCUGGAUGAAAUUACAGAGGAAAUAAAAGUCAGGUCGAAAACAGUUGCAGAUAUCCAAGGCGGUGAUGUAAGGACAAAUAAGCAGCGAUUUGAGACUGAUGAGAUGUCUCAAAAGUACAUCAGAACCGUUAGCGUGAGCGAAAUCCAAAAAGGAGAUGUCAGAUCCGCCACGUGGAUGUUUGAAACGCGCACAAUUGAUGAGAUCCACGGUGAAGGCGCAGAGUAUGAUGGCAUGGAAAGAGUGACAAAAGAGGAAGUAAUGAAAGGGGAUGUCAAACAGUCUGUGUGGCUCUUUGAGAAGCAGCCGCUAGACAGUAUCAAAGAGACUGACGGCACAGAGUUUGUUGUAACAAAGGAGGAAAUCCCACAGGCUGAUGUGAAGUCAACAACAUGGCUGUUUGAAACAACUCCAUUCAAUGAAUUCAACGGGAGCAACAUGGAGAAGACAGAAAUAUUCGGUAAAAGCAUCAAAGAGACACUUGAGGAGCUAUACUGUCAGAAAAUGGUUGACUCACAAGGUGUUCUCAUUGAGGCAGAUGAGAUUGGCGAUAUCCGGAUGGCAAAGUAUAAACUCAUGAACCAGGAGGCUCCAGAAAUCCAAAGAGAAGAGAUUAUCAGAGGAGAUCUGAGCAACAUAAUGAUGAACCUCUUGAACCGCAGAGAGAUGACUGAAAGGGGGAUAACUAUUGACAGGGAGGAGCGGGGGAACAUCAACACCACAGUGAAGCAGCUAUUCAACCAGGAAAGAGGAAUCAAUGUGGAGAAAGAGGAAAUUGUCCGCGGUGACAUUCAAGAGGCGGUAAACAAUCUGCUGAAGAGUGAGGGCUCCUCCAAGCGUGGCAUUCUGAUUCAAGAGGAUGAGAAAGGAGACGUGAGGAUGACUAUCUAUUCCCUUUUGAAUAAAGGGGAGAGGUCUAGCACGGAGAAAGAGGAUAUCAUUCACGGAAAUGUAAGCAGAACACUUCACCGUCUUCUCUCCAACUCAGGAGGAGAAGACUCUAAAAGGAUAAGGGUCGGAGAAAUAGAGAGGGGUAACGUCAGUUUUUACUCCACAUGCAUUGAGUCGGGAGCCUUGGAUUACCUGAAGCAGCUUCAAUGCGAGCCCAAUGAACCUCAGGAAAAGGUGGAAAAGGAGAACAUCAUAGGUGGUGACGUUCAGGAGACCAAAAUCUUGCUGCGGAAGAAUCAUCAGCAGAUUGGGCGCACGGUGGCAGAGCAGGAUAUAGUUCCUGGUGACGUGCACAGCAAUGUUAAAGUCUUCAUGACGGAGCCCACUGUAACCUACAGAAACCUAGAGAAAAAGGAUAUUGUUAAAGGUGACCUUAACGCAGCCCUGGAUUCACUGACCCAAGCCAUCAAUCAGAAAGUGGUGAUAGACAAAGAGGAGGUGGUGAAGGGUGACAUACCUACUACUUUAAGGUCUCUGGAGGAGGCCCAGCAUCAAAACAAAGAAAUGGAAAAGCCUGAAAUUGUCAGGGGAGACAUCAGAGGUGCUCUUGAGUCACUAGAGAAAUCUACAACCACCAAUACAGAAGCAACUGUUGAAGAUCUAGUGCCAGGUGAUAUUAAAGGAACCCUGAAGUCGCUGGAGGAGGCAAAGCAAGCUGUGAAAGAGGUGGAAAAAGAGGAGAUUCUCAAAGGAGACAUACACACCGCCAUGCAAAGUUUACACGAGGCAACAAGCGAGAAAAAGACUUACCAGCAUCAAGUGAGCGAACAAGGGGAUGUUAAAGCCACGAUACAGCUCUUGCUAGAUCCAACAACUUCUCCCAAAACGCAGCGCAGAGGGAGCAUUGAAGGAGAUGUGAAAACAUCUAUAAAAUGUCUUUAUGAAGGACAGGAUGCAACACAGGUAGAAAAAGAGGAGGUGGUAAAAGGGGACGUUCAAGGGGCAAUAAAGAAUCUAAUGCAAAGAAAACAAUAUUCAAAUCCAAAGCGCAUGCAUCCCGCGAAGAAAGCAAAAGGGCCCAUGAAAAAUCCAUUAACUGUAAAGCAAGCGGAGCAUGAAUGCUUACAUGAAGCCAAGAGUGAGAGUGUAGCAGUCAAUCCAGCCCCCGCUGUGAAAAAGCUCUCUCAGAGCAGUGAGUCACAGAAGCACACACAGAGGCACAACGAAAGCAAAUCGGUGAAAACGCAGGUAAUAACCCAAGAGGAACACUCAGUUACUGUAGCCAAAACAGACAAUUCUACUGGGGCCUCUCAACACAAGAGCAUGAAAGAACAGAAACAGAAAUUGCUGCCCCCACAGAAAAUACAAGCUUCUAAGCCUAUUAUGAUAAAGAAUAAACAAAUGAUUAAUAAUGAUCAAACAGAGACGAAAGCAGCUGAUGUGAACGUGAUGAAAGAGGUGCAUAACACAUCACAGACAAAUAUUUUGAACAAGCAAAUAUGUGAAACAAAGACAAUCAAACAGGUGCAGACUACAGUGUCGGAGAAAACUGUUGUGCAUAAGCAACAUGUAUCUGAGCAGAUGUCUCAAACGCAAACAGAGAAUAAGGCUCUCACACAAAAGCACAACAUGAAAAAUAUAAAGGGUGAGUACCGUAACCUGGACAUGAGAGGGAAAGGUGUGAUCAAAAAGCCCAAGCCGGCGAUUCACUUCCCCCCUCCCCCCUCUUCACCACCUCCACCCUCAGAGUCUGAGCUCUCCCUCCCUCCACCGCCACCGCCAGUGCUGGACAGCCCAUCCUCCCCCCCUUCUAUCAUGAGGCAGGACAGCGACCUCCCACCUCCACCACCACCUCCGCCUCCCAUGGAAUGCAAGUCUGAGCCUGAAUUUUACCCUCUUCCUCCACCUCCUCCACAAGAUUUUCUCCCUCCACCUCCCUCCCAGCAAGAGCUUAAUGCAAUGCCUCAGCCUCCCCCUACCAGGCUGGGCAAACCCAUUGGCAAGCCAUUAUUCAAAUUGCCCAAGCAACCAGAAACACAUAAGCAGCCUGUACAAGUUAAACCCAAAUGGCAGAAAAAGCAGCCAACUCCUUCACCUCCUCCACCUCCACAUCCACCUCAGCUCCCUCCUGAUCAAGCAGAAACUGAGUCAACAGAGCAUAAAGAACAAGUUCAAGUUCAAGAAGUAAAAAAGGUAACUACCAAACUGAUUGAGACAAGCAAGCAGAUUCAGUCUGAAUUAACAGCAGUGUCAACAACAAAAAUACCAAGCAGCCCAGCUGUGAAACCAAAAGAGAUCCCACAGCCGCCUAAAAAAGUGUUUGUCCCUCCUAUUAAACUGCCCCCAACUCCUGAACCUGCUCCAGCAUCAAAGUCUAGACCCUUCGCUCGCAAAUUUAAAACCCCUCUCAUGCUUGCGGAGGAAAGGUACCGCCAACAAAUAGAGAAUGAAGAGACGGUGAGGAGUAAUGUCACAACUCCUACAUCUUCACCGGUUAAUAUGCUCUUCCCUGCAGCCAGUCCCGAGCUUUCUACAGCACAGAACACAGACACAGAAGUGGCCACGAAAGUGAUAAAAGGAAAGAGCGAAGAAGAUAAGGCUACUUCCAAAGAACGAAUACCGUCUGCCAAGAAAACUCCAUCCCAGAUACCUUUGAGCAAGCCCUUGAUCUCAGCCGUAAAUAAGAAAUCAGCUAUAGGAUCUUCAAGUGCGUCCUUAGAUAAAAUGCAUGUUGCCAGCAAGCACUCCUCAGAAAAAGUUGUCUCAACUGAUGUUGUUAAAAAGAGUCAAACCGCUCCCAAGAACCCAACUAUUUCUGUAUCUCAGUCUCAUCAAGAGGCCUUAAAUAUUGAAGUACAGUCAUGCUCAAACGUGGUCACUUCUUCUGUCACGGAGCAGCAGCAGUUUAUUAAGAAAUCCAGCUCCAGGUCUAUCGCUGCCACACAGAGUGCUGUCCAUGAAAAUGUGAAUCUCCAAAGCCAGACUGCAGUCACAAUGAAAGCUGAAGAUGUAAAGAAUAUUAAUGUGCCUCUGACACAGGACGGGAAGAUGAGUCCCUCUCAACCCACUAAAAUCCCAAAGGUAACUCCAAGUUUCAAGGUGAAAACCUUUAAGAUGCCAACAGAUAAGAAAGAGGAAAAGUGUGAAAUGCAUUUACAGCAAGAGAAAAGUAAUGUGUCAGAGAAAAGUGAAACAAGAACAAAUCAGAGAAGCGACCAGUUGACGGCAUCAAGAACUGAGACAAAAACAGAAAUGAAAGUAAAGGAGAAGAAAAGUAAUAUGACCCCACUUCUGAAGGAAGUUGAAGUGGAGGUUCAUGUGAAAAAGGGAAAGCAGAUGCAAAAGAAUGAGACUGAAAUACAGCUGUCACCAUCAGUUACUGUUUUAAUGCCCAAGAUAACAUCUGCAACCACUCAUCAAGGACAAGGCCAUGUAUCCGUCUCCCACAGUCAGCAGAGCAUUCAGAGACACGAGGAGGUGGUCGUGACUGAGAGUGUGGUACAGCAACGCCUUCAGAAGCAGGAGGUUGUUCAGGUGCAAAAACAAAUAAAGGUGCAAGCAGCGGAAACAAAUAAAAUGCAGAUAAAUGCAGUAAAGUCAAAAGGUGAGCCUAAGGAUGUGUCGGGGAAAAUGACCCACAAAGACGAGGCUCAUUCAGAAGAAAUCAAAUAUUUUGAGAAAUGUAAUGUAAUGCAAAAGCUGCUCGCUCAAAUAAAAGAGCUCGAGGGCACACCAAGCAAAAUAGACUCCAACGCUGUCAGGAUGAUUAUAAGCGAACUCCCUGACUGGGUGAUGGGCUCGGAUGAGAAAAAUAAUUUAAGUGAAAUUGCUAAACAGCAAAGUAAGAAAAAGCUGAAGGAGCUGAUGGUGUAUGUAAGAAACAUUUUUCAAGCAAAGCUCACACAUUUAGAGGAAACCUUGACAGCCGUGGAAAAGCAGGGGAAAGAAAAAGAAGAUCCGCCAGCGCCACCGCCAGUGCCCCCAAAACCAUGCAAGAAAGUUUUCAGCGGAGCCACUGCAAAGAUAUCAAAGAUCAGUAUCGGGUCAUCCAAAAGUGAAAAGAAGGUGGUGGAAGAGAAAAAGUCUCUUCAAGAGAGAAAAGUGUAUCAGGAGCUGAGUGAAGCUGCUGAUCAGAGAGUAUCCUCUCCGUUAGCCUUUAUCCGCACUCCAUCUCCCACUUUUAUAAGUAUUGAGUCAAGGAGGAUAGACUCGCCCCUCAGAGUAACCCCUUCUCCUCCACCCUACAAGUCAGUCGGGACACCUCCGCCUCCUCCUCGCAAGUCAUACACGCCCACAACUUCUUUCAGCAGGGCCACCCCCUCCCCCACCAUGAGCCGCUCAGAGAAGCUGAUGAAACUGAAGGAUACCACCUCCAAGCUUUAUCGCGGCAUUACGCCUCCACCUCCCAUGCCGGUUCAAGAGUGCUUUGCAGCUGAAAGAGAGCAAUCAUCCCCAAUUAGCGACAGGGAGACUCCCAUAGAGAGAGAUGAGACAGAGUUUGUGGACGUCGCAGAAAUGGUGGACUCCAUGAUGACCGUGAGGGAUAAAAAGUCUUUCUUCGAGGAGGCGCAGAAGGCGGAGGUGAGCAGGAUGUACAUGCGGAAGGAUCCCAUCGAUAUCCCUGAACGUUUGGGACCUGAUGCUGAAGAAGGCGCUGAGGCUGUGAAUAUAGAUCUUCUGAAAGACGAUCUCCCAAGAGUUGAUCUAUCUAAGCUGGUAAACAGAUUUGAAUCCCCACAACCAAAAGUCUACAACAGAAAAGAGCCUAUUGUCAUCACGGAGAGGCUGGGGAGUGAUACGGAGGAUGCAGAGGCUGACCUGCCAAGAACUGACGAAAUCCCUUCAUUCAAUGUCAAAGCGAUAAAGGAUGUGUUUGAAACAGGAGAGCACAGUUCUCAGGCCGCACGAGAUCUCAGAGAACAAAUAGAAAGAAGAGAAUCUGAAUCAGCCCAUUCUGAGCCGCUGGGUCACUCUGAAACGACAGAAGUCGCUGAGCAAUUCUGCACCAUUGAAGACUUCGGGAACAUGACAGGUGAGACACUGAGUGAGUGCUCCCUGACCCGCGGUAACCCUCCAUCCUACGCUGACGUGGUAAGAGGCUCGGUUCCAGUUGUCGUGCCCCUGGAGGCCUCCACCGAGGAACUGCUGAGAAACUUCCAGCAGUCGUGGGCCGAGAGCCAAGGAGUUUUCCAGAACCUGGGUUUCAGUGUCACUGAGCAGAGGACUGUAACGCACCAGCAGGAGACUGUCGUGACGGAAAAUUCGAGUUCCAGAGUCCGAACUGUGCAGGGUGUGUCGGAAGAGGGUGUACCCGAUGGAAUCGCUGAUCGCAGACAAACACAACUUCCAUAAAAGCUGCUUCCGCUGUGAACACUGCAGAGGCAAGCUAAGUCUUGGAAACUAUGCCUCUCUCCAUGGACGAAUGUACUGCAAGCCACACUUCACGCAACUGUUCAAAUCCAAAGGAAAUUAUGAUGAGGGAUUUGGACAGAAACCACACAAAGAACUAUGGAGUAAUAAGAACCAGGAGAAU